AUGGAGAAAAAUCCUUUAAUGGAGGCUGCUCGAAAAGGAGACGUCGAGUUCUUACUCCGAUCAACGGAAUCAGAUCCAACUCUUCUUGAAGUUAUCAUCAUCAACGGCCAAGAAACGCCGUUACACGUUGCCUCCAUGUACGGACACUUGAGUUUCGUCAAGGAAAUGCUAAACCUAAGAGAGGAUCUCGGAAGAGAGGUGAACAAAGAUGGAUUCACGCCUCUUCAUAUAGCAGCAUCAAUGGGUCACGUUGGGAUUGUUAAAGAGCUUUUGGAGAAGCUAAGCGGUGAGAUAUGUUUGAUCAAAGGUAAAGAGAGAAAGAUUCCUCUUCAUUACGCUGCUAUGAGAGGUAGAGUUCGUGUUCUUGAUGCGUUAGUGUCUUCGAAUCCUCAAUCUCUUGAAGAAGUCACCGCUCGUGGUGAGACCGUGCUUCAUCUUGCGGUUGGGCUUUGUCAGUUUGAUGCGUUCGUUGCUUUGUUGGAAUGUCUUAAAGAGUUUGAUAAGCUUUGCGUGUUGAAUAAGCAAGAUUAUGGUGGGAACACUGUCUUGCACUUAGCUGUUCAAAAACGACAGUUUGAGGUGGUUGACUUGUUGCUUGGCUCUAAAGAUUCUAGUAACACACUCCCAAUAGAUUUCAUUGAAGUGAACUCUUUAAACUCUAAUGGCUUCACACCUCUUGAUAUGUUACUUCACUGUGGAAGUGAACCAGAAGACACAGAGAUUCAUCAGCUCCUCAUCCAGGCAGGAGCUGUACGAUCUAGAGAUCAAAACACAAUACAACCAGCAACAACAACAACACCAUCAGAAGAAUCACUGAUGACACAUAAGCAAUGGAUUGAUUACUUCAAGCACAAGAAAGACAGAAUCCCUCCUAACGAAGUUCGCAGUGUCUUACUAGUUAUCGCGAUUCUGAUAGCCACAGCUACUUAUCAAGCCGCACUAAGUCCACCUGGAGGUAUCUGGCAAGAAGAUUAUUACUGCAUUGGUAGAUACUGUCAAGAGAGUGAGACAAAAGGAAACAAAACCAAACCGGUUUACUACGCAGGAACAACUAUAAUGGGAUCAAAGAGUUGGAUUAAUUAUGGCAUUUUCAUCUUCUUGAACUCGGUGGGUUUUUUCACUUCUAUUGAACUAAUCUCGUUACUCACAAAAGGUCUCCCUUUCUACCUUGAGCUACAAGUUUCAUUGACUGCUCUUGCCUUGACCUAUGGAUUUGCAAUGGCUGCACUUUCUCCUAACUUCGGUCUAGGCUUGUUCUUCAUGGUGAUCUCAGUGGUAUUACCCUUCGCGGUUGCUAAAAUCCCGAGUUUAAUCCGUAAACUUGCCAAGAAAACAAGAGUCUUUCCUCUUAGACGUACUACUCCAACAACACCAACCUCAUAAGAUCCUAAGCUUUCUUGAUAUUUUUGUGGCUUUCUUGUCAAUAUUAAUUGCUUGUGUGAGCUCUAACAAGUCACAGUCUAUGAGCCUCAUUCAAAUUUGUCUUUAUCGUUACACUCUCUGUCUCUGCUCUGCACAUGUUCUUU